AGACAGCCAAUCAGAUCGAGUGCCUACUACGUCGUUACGUCGGUGGCAACAACAAUAGCUCGCCCUUAGCUUUUUUUCAUUUUCUCAACUCCGUCACCAACAAAACAUAUCGUGAGAAAUGCCGAAUUGACGACAGCUUUUCAUUUUGGUGGAUGUUUUAUUCGUCUGGACACCUGUCUUGGCUCGAGUCACAGCUAAUCCGAGCUUCCGUCGUACCGUUAGCUAGCAGCUAACUGUAGCUAAGAGGAAGAUGGGGUCCAUCCUGAGUCGUAGGAUUGCUGGUGUUGAAGACAUCGAUAUCCAGGCAAAUUCGGCCUAUCGAUUUCCCCCGAAAUCUGGGAAUUACUUUGCCAGUCAUUUCUUCAUGGGAGGAGAGAAAUUUGAUACUCCACAUCCAGAGGGCUACCUCUUUGGGGAAAACAUGGACCUGAAUUUUCUUGGAAAUAGGCCAGUGCAGUUUCCAUAUGUGACACCUGCACCCCAUGAACCAGUGAAAACCUUGAGGAGUCUGGUUAACAUACGGAAGGACUCUCUCCGUUUAGUGAGGUACAAAGACGACUCGGACACUUCGGUGGAGGAUGGGGGGAAACCCAAGGUCCAGUACGGCGUGGAGUUUACCUUUGAUGCUGAUGCCAGGGUCGCCAUAACGCUCUACUGCCAGGCGUUUGAGGAGUUCUCCAAUGGGAUGGCUAUGUACAGCCCAAAAGAUCCAACCAUGGUCUCUGAGACAGUGCACUACAAGCGUGGGGUGAGCCAGCAGUUCUCCAUGCCGUCCUUCAAAAUAGAUUUCAGCGAGUGGAAAGAGGAAGAUCUAAACUUUGAUUUGGACCGAGGAGUGUUUCCUAUGGUAAUCCAAGCUGUGGUCGAUGAAGGAGAUGAUUGUCUUGGACAUGCUCAUGUGCUUUUGGCAGCAUUUGAAAGACAUGUUGAUGGCAGUUUCUCCGUCAAGCCUCUGAAGCAGAAGCAAAUCGUGGACCGUGUCAGCUACCUCCUCCAGGAAAUCUACGGGAUUGAGAACAAAAACAACCAAGAGACCAAGCCAUCUGACGAUGAGAACAGCGACAACAGCAAUGAGUGUGUCGUCUGUCUGUCUGACCUGAGAGACACACUCAUCCUGCCUUGCAGACACCUGUGUCUCUGCAACUCCUGCGCAGACACUCUGCGCUAUCAGGCCAACAACUGUCCCAUCUGCAGGCUGCCCUUUAGAGCCUUGCUGCAGAUAAGAGCCGUGAGGAAGAAACCUGGAGCUCUCUCUCCUGUGUCCUUCAGUCCUGUUCUGGCUCAAACUAUGGACCAUGAUGAGCACUCAAGCUCCGACUCGGUCCCGCCUGGUUUCGAACCCAUCUCCCUGCUGGAGGCGCUGAACGGUCUGCGGUCGGUGUCUCCCCCCAUCCCUUCUGCGCCGCUGUAUGACGAAAUCAACUUCUCCGGGAGUCUGGGAGGGGACAGCCGGCAGCUGAGCUCUCCGGAGCAUUUAAGUGACGGAAAUCUUCAGAAAGGAAAAGUCAGCAAGUCACCUGACAGCACCCUGAGAUCGCCAUCCUCUCCCAUCCAGGAGGAGGAUGAAGAGAAGCUGUCUGAGAUGUCUGACGCGCAGCCACACACACUACUCUCCAGCAGCCCCGCUCCCACAGAUGCUACAGCCACCGAGGAUGUGGCGGAAUCCCUUUCUCCAGACGACGAGGACAGAAUGCCGCCUGGAGGAGACAUCCUGCAGGACUGCAGCAGUGAGCACUGCAGCUUGACCAAAGCAGAAAGCGACCCAGCGGGGGAUCUGUCUUUGCCUGCUCUAGGUCCUGAUUCCUGCUCCAUUGGUAUGGAGGAAUAACUUCGGUUCGUCAGACUCGACGGAAAGUCUAAAAAGUCAGAGCACAAACUGCUCCAGCCAGCCUCUCCUGUGUCCCACAAGCAGCCUUCAUAUGGAAGAUGAACAUUUCAACUGACUCUGACUCGGCUCUGCCUCACUACAACAAUCCUGUCCCUUCGUCACUUUCACACAAGGCCUCCAAAAAGCCCCCCCGCCCACCUCUGAGCUUCUGUUUUAAUGAUUGUUGAUAUGAGGCUUUAAAGAAAAUGAGAGGAUUACGAAGGACUGUUCAUUCCAUCGGCUCGAAGGAGAACACCGACCUGAGGCGAAGUUGUUUUUGCUCUCAUUUUCAAUGACUGGUAUAUUUCAGUUUUCAUCUUUGAAAAAAACAUUUCAUUAACAUCCAUAGUGUUCAGUUGUGUGUCUUGGACAGAUUAGUGAUUUUUGUAAUGUAGAUUCCAGAGAUUUCCACUACCUGUCUUGGUGGUGCUUUCAAGCACAGUUAACUACAAGCUAACCAUCCUAACACUAAUUUGAGAAGAAGCUCUAAGUGCAGUUUGUAUUAAUCGUUUUGGAAUGAUCAGAAACACAGAACAUUAUUGAUCCAAGAUGAUUUAAUUUGUCGGGAAAGCUUUACUUUUUGUUUUUGUCUCCGUUUCUGAUUGAUUUUUUUGCACUCCAACAAAAUAGUUCAUCCAGUACUUUUAGAGAAAGAAUAUGAUGAAGUUUUUUUUGUUGUAUUUCAUCCUAAGCAUGUUGGUUUACUUUUCAGAUAAUGUGAUACAAUUAAGAAUUAUGUGUACUUCAAAAUCUAUUCUUGCUUAUUAUAUAUGUAUAAAAUAUAAUGUUUAAAGUACAAAAAUAGAUUCUGGUAAAAUGCACAUUUUUUUAAAUAGCUACAGGCUAAUUCAGACGUAGUUAAAGCCUCGAACAAACAGCCAAUAGUAAGGCAAGCUUACCCGUCAUUGAUAUGGCUGAUAGCGGUAGAGUCUUUUUGUGGCAACCCAAGUGUUAGCUUAUGAUGUCGCUGCAAAACAAGGAGUCACGUGUUGGUGUGGCAGCAGCAGCUUUAGUUUCCUUGGUCCAGUACGUGUAGCAUCAUGCGUUUUAGAUCUAUGUGCCUUGAAUUUAUAUGGCUGCCUGCUUCUUGCAACAUUCUUACAAAUGCUACAAUAUACAACUGCUCCACUGCACAGAGGUUUUAGGGCGCUAAUGUACAGAACCUUUAAUUUCUCUUUCAAACUUCAUGCAACAGGAAAAAAAAAGUUAUUGUCAUUAAGUAAUCCUAAGUUGAAUUGUUGCUUUUCUUUGUGAAAUCCAAGUAUUAAUUAUGCAUUUAUUAUAAGUACUUCUGAGUACUUUUGUGUAUGUGUUACCAGAAGGAGCACAUCUGAAAUGUUUGCAUUUUAUUAAUUGGGCUUGCAUUUGCAUGUGAAUUAGUAGACGCUCUCACCUCGUGCUGCUUUUAACCGUUUCUUUUGUCUUUUAUCCUCUUCUGUGCCAUUUCAACUUGACACUGUGCCUUCCUGUUCUGACCACUGUUGCCCUGGUAUCCAGGAUAACCCCACAGUAGGUGGUGUUUGGCUCUAUGUAAAAUCCUGUACCCUUCUCUCUUUGUGUGUAUAGCGGCAUGUGUAUAACAAUAAAUAAAAGAUUCAAUACCAAAACAAG